AGCACAAAUAAAAUUAAGUAUCCCGCGCUCUUCUUCUUCACUGUACACCCCCGCGAAAAAAAUUUCUUCUCGUCUUCUUCAUUCCGCCAGCAACCCAAACUGCAGCGACUCUCCCUCCUCAACUCCGGUCACUCAGCUUCACCAGCAUAUCGUUCGGAAACAGCUCCUUCCGUUGUUCACCAGCGGUCUCCGGUCGUGGCAGCAUCUCUCACUGCGUUGUUCACCAGCGGUCUCCGGUCAGAGAGUGCCAGCAAUGCAUCUUUUUAAUGCCAGAUUUAAAGAACGUGAAGGAGAUAUAAUUGGGGUACGCACUGCACUUCUUCAUUGUGACGGAGAGUCAGAUUCUAAUUUUGUAGAAAAUGUAGCAAGGAAGGCUAACAUGGAAAAGCGUCUGGGAAAUUUUGUAGCAGCUACUAAUAUGUAUGAAGAAGCACUGGCAAUGGCUGAACUGAAGAAAAUGAUGAAUACUCUUCCUAUUUUAUAUGUUCACUUUUCUAGACUUAAAUACAUGAUCACUGAUAAUGCAGAUGCUGCAAGAGAUAUCUUAAUAGAAGGCAUCAAACGCUUGCCUAACUGCUGGUUACUUUUAGAGGAGUUAAUAAAUUUUGCAACUCUGCAUGGAGGGCAGCGUCACAUACAUGUGGUCGACUCUGUCAUAGCUAAUGUAAUAUCUCCAGGGCCAAAUGUGUCUCAAGGUUGGAAUGUCAAGGAUGCAGAGCAUGUUUCAAGCUUAUAUUUAAAGGUUAAAAAUAAACAAUCCCUUUUGAACUAAUUGAUACAGAAAUACCUUAGCUAGCAUCAUUUCAUUCUAGCAAAAAGCAAUUUGUGUUUCAUUUAUUUUAUUGCGCCGUACCCUUAUACUAUAUUAUGAU